AUGACUUUCCCCUGCGAGCCAUUAUGCCAUUUCGGCGGGAGGCUAUUCUUCACCUCGUUCCCGCAUCCGCCGCCGCGGCCAGAUGUCUUGAAUCAUCUCGCGCAGGACCCUGAGAACGUCCCAGAUAUUCGCGGAACCUCCAAAGCAUCAUCCUCAACCACCCCCGAUGACGAUGCGAAGUACUACUACUUCACCAUCGACGACCAGUUGCUCUAUCUGUCCUUCUUUCAAGACUGGGGACCGCUCAACCUUGCGAUGGUGUACAAGGCCUGCAUCUUGAUUCACGAGCUCCUUCAGGACCCCGCGAUUGCCACGCAUCGUCUCGUAUUCUACUCCUCGAGCGAUCCACGAAAGAAGGCCAACGCCGCGCUGCUCAUGGCGUUAUACGUGAUGAUUGUACAGCAACGUCCUCCAUGGGAGGCCUUCCACCCUAUCGCAGAGCUCGAAUUCAUGCCUUUCCGUGACGCCGGCCGUGGGCGCUCAGAUUUCAACCUCAGCAUACAGGACUGUCUAUGGGGCAUCUACAAGGCGAUGCAGAACGGCUUGUGCGACAUGAACGAGUUCGACGUCGAGGACUACGAGUACUACGAGAAAGUGGAGAACGGAGAUUGGAAUUGGCUCACGCCCAACUUCAUCGCGUUUGCCUCCCCCGCCAUCCUGCCCCCCAGCUCACCCGUCAAGACGGGCGGACACGCCCUACAACGGAAGCUUCCCACGCCGUUCGUGAACUGCUUGGACUACUUUGAGCGCCAGAACGUCAAGCUCGUUGUGCGGCUCAACAAUCCGCUGUACGACGCCCAGGUAUUCCGAGAGCGCGGUAUCGACCAUCUGGAGAUGUACUUCGACGACGGCACGAACCCCACAGAUGAUAUUGUACGAAAGUUCAUUGACAUGGCUGACGAGGUCAUUGAGGGUGGUGGAGUGGUAGCAGUACACUGCAAAGCCGGCUUGGGGCGCACUGGCACCCUCAUCGGAGCGUAUUUGAUAUGGAAGUACGGCUUCACCGCAACAGAAGCGAUCGCCUUCAUGCGUAUCGUACGCCCAGGAAGUGUGGUCGGGCCGCAACAGCAAUACAUGUACCUGAAGCAGCUCGAGUGGACGAAAUGGGCAGCAGUCGACGAGAUGCGCAAGCUGCAGCAAGCCUCCACGUUCGCGGCGACCGCCCUUGUGGCACCUGUCACACCACCCGCGGAGCAGGAUGAGGAGAUGGACGUGUUCACGGACGCGACCACGGCAACGGUCGUAAUGACGUCGUCCACCGCGCCUGUGCCCCCAGUAACUCCCAGCAAACAUGUCGCCGCUGCCGCAGCCAAGGCAUAUGCCAUCGCCCCGCCCGGACAGCCACGCAAGACGCCGGCGGCGAAGAGGGUUGCGUCCGACUCCGAUGGCGACGAGGACGGCGACGUUCUCCCUGCGCUCGGAGCUGGUCCUGCCGCAUCUAGACGAACAUCGAAGACUAAGCCUGCAUCUGCGCGGAGCUCGUCUCAGCGCGUGCCAGCCUCGGAGCAGCGUCCGGCUCGGAUUACACGCUCGGCGGCGAACGCUGCGGUGAAGAAGGUCAGCACGAUCCUAAGUACGUCGAAGACAACGAAGGCGAACGGUCAGCUUCCGAACAAGAUUCCUCGACUGGCAAACGGCACAUCCGCUCGAGGCACUGCAACGGGCUCCAAAGAUAUCACCGCCGCAGCGAUACCGACAACGACCCGCCCACUCCGACCCAGGCAGCCUCCAGGAUCUCCGACGCCUUCUCGUCUUCCGACCCUCGUUGGGAAGCGUACGCAUCAUAAUUCCACCGGGUCCGUGCAGGAGUCGGCUACUACGGCGGCGGCCAUCGCUAAGUCUGCGCUCGCAGCUGCUGGGACGUGGGUAGCGACGAACACGUCGUCGGUCGUCGUGCCCGCGUCAAAAUCGGAACGCCCGGGUCUGCGCAACGUGCGCCGUAGACGGAGUAGCUUCAGCGCGGCGGACGUCGUCGCGUGA